ACCUUAUCUAAAGCUUCAUAGGAUGGUGUGAUAGCAACCACCUUCAGCUCAACAUCGGGAAGACCAAGGAGCUGGUGGUGGGCUUCCGAGGGAGUGGAGAUAGUGGACACCUACAAGUUCCUAGGGGUGCAACUCAACAACAAACUGGACUGGUCAGACAACACUGAGGCCCUCUAUAGGAAAGGACAGAGCAGGAUGUUCUUUUUGAGGAGACUCAGGUCUUUUAAUGUGUGCACUAGGCUUCUACGGUUGUCUUGCCAGUCUGUAGUGGCCAGUGUUAUCUUCUUUGCUGUGGUGUGGGGGAUCAGUAAAGACCCUGUACGAAAAAGGGAAACCUAAGGAUGCUGGAGCAGAACAAUGGAUUUCUCCUUCUCUUUCAUGCAAGGGAUCAUGGGAAACACAAUCCAGCAACCGCCUCAGCUCAUUGACUCAGCUAACAUCAGACAGGAGGACGUGUAUGAUGCCAUCAGCGACCGCGGGGAUGAGGGAGGCCCCUCCGCCUACGAUUCGCCCCUCGAUCCAGGGUUCUCCUACCCUCCGGACGACCUAGGGGUUGUCGCCAACGGUUACCAGGCGGGACUCGGCACCUACGAGCAGCAGGCCAAGUUUGCGCUGUACUCGCAGUUCCCUAACGGCUCGGCUAACGGCUAUGGCGCCAUCCGCAACUACCAUGCCGAUCACGGGCUGCUCUUAGGGGAAGGAACGGUGCUGAGGUCGCCCGUCGUUCAGGAAAAAGCAUCAUCUCACAUCUCUUCCCCUCCUCUUCCUCCUUCUCAUUCUCAUCUUCAUCAUCAUCCUCAUUCUCAUCCUCAACAUCAAUCUCAGCAGCAUCAACCUAAUCCUCAACUUUUACCUCAUCACCCUCCUCCACCUCCUCCUCCUCCUCCUCCAUCUUCCUCCUCCUCACAUCAUUUGCAGCCGGUUUACCCACCUCCUCCCCUCAUCCUACCUUCCUCUCCACCUCCCCUUCCUGCCUCCAUUCAGGAUGCAGCCUCUGAACCCGUCACCCAGAAGAAGACGAACUCCCCUGAAAUCAAGAUUAAGAUCAUAAAGACGUAUCAGAACGGACGCGAGCUGUUCGAGUCGUCGCUUUGUGGUGACCUGCUGCACGAAUUCCAGGAGUCAUCCAGGAGGAACGAGCACAAGAAGGAAAAAAGAAAAAAGAAAAAUAGCCGACACGGUGCCUUCCCUGAAGAGGAAGUGAAGCUCAGUGAUGACCAGGCUGUGAUACAAGAGCAGCAACCUACCCUGAGUCCCCUGAGUCUCAAAAGCCCCAAAACAGAACCCAAGGACGUCCAGGUGGACAAGGCCUUUCCCUCCGUGUGUGUGGAGUAUGAGAUCGGGGAUCUGGUGUGGGCUAAAGUAGGGACGUACCCAUGGUGGCCCUGCAUGGUCUCCUCCGACCCCCAGCUAAAGGUUCACACGCGCAUCAACACCAGAGGUCACAGGGAGUACCAUGUGCAGUUUUUCGGUAGUGUGGCUGAGCGGGCGUGGAUUCAUGAGAAGAGGAUUGUGGUGUAUAAAGGAGAGAGUCAGUUUGAAGAACUGCAGGCGGAAACCUUACGCAAAACCACCAAUCCCACCGAAAGACAGAAGCUGCUGAAGCCUCAGUCUCAGAGGGAGCGUGCUCAGUGGGAGGUGGGCGUCGGCCAUGCUGAGGCAGCCCUGCUGAUGACCCGAGAGGAGCGUAACGAGAAUUACACCUUCAUUUACAUUGACAAACUGCCCGCUGAUGAACCGAGCGAUGACCCUGUGACCCCAACGAGAAUUAAAAAACGGAGGACAAGACGCUGCAAGAGCAUAAAGAAAGAUGAUCCCGCAGCACUCCCACGCCGUCAGCAGCCUCGCCGCCAGUGCAGCGUUUCAGACGCUCAGGAGGAGGAGGCGGAGCCUGAGGACACAACAGAAACGCAACCCUCGCCCCCUCCGGUCCGGACUCCGUGGAGAACGGCGGCUGCCCGGAAGCUGCUGCCGCUCUCCGUCACAAUGAAGAAGCUCAACGUGGAGAUUGUUAAAUGCGAUUGGCAGCUGCCCAAAGAGAAGGUGGAGAUAAAAAAGGAGGUGGAGAGAGACGAUGAGCGAGUUGAGUCUCCAGAGGGUUCGACUGAUAAAGCAGAGGGUGAGACAUUCUCCAGUGAGGAGGAGAGAACGGCAUGGAGUGAACCAGAGAGCGCAGAACACACACACACCCCUGUUACUGAACCCAGCUCAGAGUCGAUGGAAAGGAAGCUGCAGCGGCGGUGUGUGAGGAGUCGGUCCGAGUCGGAAAAGAGUGUCGAUCCAGUUCCAAAGAAAAAGGUCAAGAAAGAGCAGGUGGAGGCGAUGCCUCAGAUGGACUUUAAGACGGGAUCACAAAAAGGAGCCAGUGAGAUCUCCGAUUCCUGUAAACCACUGAAGAAACGCAGUCGAGCCUCCACAGAUGUUGAAGUUACAAGCUCUAUUUACAGAGACACGUCCGACUCUGAUUCCAGAGGCCUCAACGACAUGCAGUGUGUGUUUGAGAAACGCUCUGACAGUCCUGGAACGGUGGACGCUGACGGCUCAGAUGCUCAGUCCGAAGAUUCAAACAUCUCUCGGCAGGGCAGCAGCAACUCCAGAAAGGAUAUGGUGUGUCAGGUUUGUGAGACAUUUGGAGAUUCCCUGUUGUGCUGUGAGGGCGAGUGUAACAGGUUUUUUCAUCCGGAGUGUUUGGCCUCAGCUGGGGGAACAGAGGGAGAAAACAUUUGCACCGAGUGCAAAACAGGUUCACACCCAUGUUUCUCCUGCAAACGCACUGAUGAAGAUGUGAAGCCGUGUUCGGUGAGUGGGUGUGGCCGUUUCUAUCACGAGUCCUGUGCUUGGAAAUACGCAGGCACUGCCGCGGAGCCACGAGGCCUGAGGUGCCCACAGCACUGCUGCGCUACCUGCUGGCUGGAAAAGGACUCGCAAAAGGCCCACAAAGGCCGGAUGAUGCGCUGUAUCCGCUGUCCUGUAGCCUAUCAUGCAGGCGAUCUGUGUAUAGCAGCUGGGAGCGUAGUGAUUACGCCUCACGUCAUCGUGUGCAGCAGUCACUCAGGCACAAGGAAGAACGGCCAUCUCGGCUCCUCCGUAAACGUAGGCUGGUGUUUCGUUUGCUCGCGAGGACGCUUAGUGCACGACCUCACUGACACCGUAUUAAGUUCUUAUACGUUUAAGUCUCACUACCUUCUGACUGAGUCAAAUCGUGCUGAGUUGAUGAAAUUACCUCUGAUUCCUUCUCCUUCGUCAGCUACCCAAAAGAAUCCGGCCAAAGGAGGAAGACUCCUGUGCUGCGAGGCAUGUCCCGCCUCCUUCCACCCGUCCUGUUUAAAUAUGGAGAUGCCCGAGGGCGCCUGGCUUUGUACUGAAUGCAGAGCGGGAAAGAAACCUCGCUACAAACAGAUCGUCUGGGUCAAGCUGGGCAACUACAGAUGGUGGCCCGCUGAGAUCUGUAAUCCUCGGCUGGUUCCGUCCAACAUCCAGAAUCUGAAACAUGACAUUGGGGAUUUUCCAGUCUUUUUCUUCGGGUCGCACGAUUACUACUGGAUCCACCAGGGCCGAGUUUUCCCAUACUUGGAGAAUGACAAGAACUUCGCUGAGGGACAAAUUGGGAUUAACAAGACUUUUAAAAAAGCACUUGAGGAGGCAGCGAGGAGGUUCCAAGAACUGAAAUCUCAGCGAGAGACCAAAGAAGCUCUGGAACAGGAACGCAACUCACGACGGCCUCCGCCAUACAAACUCAUCAAGUGUAACAAGCCCAUAGGGAAGGUGCAGGUGCGUGUGGCUGACCUGUCGGAGAUCCCGCGCUGCAACUGCAAGCCGAGCGACGAGCGCCCGUGCGCUCAGGAAUCAGAGUGUGUGAACCGGGCGCUGCAGUACGAGUGUCACCCUCAGGUGUGUGCCGCCGCCGAACGCUGCCUCAACCAGAGCUUCAACAAACGGCAGUAUCCAAAAAUGGAAGUGAUCAAGACGGAGACGCGCGGCUGGGGCCUCAAAACCAAACAGGACCUCAAAAAGGGAGAUUUUGUGAUGGAGUACGUAGGAGAACUGAUCGAUCUGGAGGAAUGUCGACAGCGAAUCAGCCAUGCCAACAAGAACCAUGUGACCAACUUCUACAUGCUCACCCUCACCAAGGAUCGUGUGAUUGAUGCUGGGCCCAAAGGGAACUUGUCUCGCUUUAUGAAUCACAGCUGCAGCCCAAACUGCGAGACGCAGAAAUGGACAGUGAACGGAGACGUCCGCAUUGGCCUCUUCACUCUGUGUGACAUCGCUGCAGACACUGAACUGACAUUUAAUUAUAACCUGGACUGUUUGGGGAACGGGAGGACGACAUGUCACUGCGGAGCUGAGAACUGCAGCGGCUACUUGGGAGUCCGACCAAAGAGUGCUGUGGUGUUGGAAAAGGAGGAGAAGGUGAGGAACUCGAAGCUGAAGGUGAGGAAGAGGAAGCUGAAGACGGAAAGCCGCAGUCAUGAUUAUUACUGCUACUGCUGUGGCGAGGGCGGAGAACUGGUCAUGUGUGACAGGAAGGACUGUCCCAGAGCCUAUCACCUGCUCUGCCUCAACCUGACCACGCCCCCUUAUGGUCGCUGGGAAUGCCCUUGGCACCAGUGCAGUGUGUGUCAGCGCCCCGCCUCUGCUUUCUGCCACUUUUGCCCCGCCUCUUUCUGCCAGGAUCACGAGGCGGGGCAGCUGGUGCUUUCUGCCCAGGAUAACCGGGCCUGCUGUCCCAAUCACGACCCAGAACGAGCACCCAGUCUCCCUACUGCUGUGAGGGUGAAGGAGGAAGAAGAAGCAGAGAGGGAAGAGGAGGAUGAGGGGGAUGCAGAGAGAGAGGCAGAAGAGGAUGAGGAAGGAGAAAUGGCUGAGUGACUGAGCCACAGCUCUUAUAUGGAAAUACUUCAACACGGUGACUGGAAUUCAGAAAAACGAGGCCCUCCAUGCAGCUAGGGGGCGGUGUGCAAUUCAAAAUCAUUAUACAUACAAGUUGGUUGUUGUCCAUUCCAGAUCUACAGCAGAAGGUGAUCGUUUUUGAGCCGAAAAGUCACAAUUUACGACUUCACUUUCAGAUCCAGAAAUGUGGAAAUGAAUCACACAGCACCCACUAAUCGUCACUUUACCUAUAUUUUCUUUUUCAAGCCGGGUUCUAAUUCAUCCUCAGAGCAGAGCCGAGAUCUUUUACACACUCUACGGUACCUACAACACCUUGAGAACUUCAUUCAAUGUACCUCAGUGUAAAUAGAAAGGAUUCAUACGAGAAACGUAGAUCAGAUUCUCUACACUAGAAUUUUCACUACAUGUCUGAAUAUCGGCUAGUUGUGGAAAAAAAGGACUGUGACUCCGGUUUUGGUUACGUGCUGCCUCUUCAUACCCGUGCGUUUGUGAUUUGUAAGAUAUAUAUAUAUAUAUCACGAAUAUAUUUAUGACUACGUUUACAUCCGCUCACAAUGUACAGUAUUGUUCAUUGGUAUUAUUAGUGAGUUUGAUAUCACUAUUCUUAAUGUCAUUGUAUACGUGCCCCCCCUUUUUUUUUUUCAUCUCACUCAGCCUGUGUUAAGUUCAGACUCACUCCUUGUCGUGACUAAUUAAUUUCAUAGACAAGCACUUAAAUUUCAGCAUUUUUAUGAGGAUCAGCCAUGAUAAACACCUGAACACUGCCAUCGUUGGUGUUGUGCCGAUAGGAAUAUCAGUCCAUAAGGAAUUUUUUUAAAAUAUCAUUUUCGGUGAUGUCGCCAAUGUACAUUUUCUUUUUUUUAAAUUUCAUUUGUACACAAUAGUGACCACUUUUAAGGUAUCAUAAUCACAGUGUACCUUAAUAACCCAGUCGAAUUAACAACCCAGGAUUUUGAUGAAUGCUACAAUGUCUUGAGUUGUUCAUUCAGAUUUGAAUGAUUUGGUAAUGGCACCAAUGGCAAUGCAUAAUCAUUAUGCUCACUGAACUCAAAAUGUCCUAAUUUUGUGACCAUUCCUCAACCAGUUGGAGAUGGUCUGCAGUGCAGCAUCCAUGUUUAAAUGAAUUUCCAGCUCAUGACGGAGGCAAAAACCAGCAAUGCCUUUCAGUAGGUUUAUGACGGUUACCAAAAUGUAUUUUAACUUUUAACUACUAUUCCAUAUGUUACUUUAUUAACUCAGUAGCGUUGAUCGUGGCAGACGUUCAGUGCAUCCUGGCACAGUGUAGAACAGUGUUCAGCAGGGCUGCACGAUACAGACAAAAAUAUUAGACCUGGUUAAAAAUGGGCCAGAACCAAGAAGGUGGAUCUAUUGGAUCAUUUGAAUGCUGCUGUGAUCUAAACACUCAGACAUGUUUAUCUGGAGUGUCCAAGAUUAGGAUAAUCCCAACACACAAUAAAAUAUUGAGUACCCUUGUAUAAAUCAGUAUUGCUUAGCCAGUCGAUUUGUUCAUUUGCCUUCCCACUUCACCACUACAUGUUAUUAAAUCUAAUCCUGUAAUUCCAGACGUUCUUUAAGUCUGCAGAACCUUGGAAGUUUGUCACUGCCAAAACAAGGCUUUUUAAAACGUGUUGCAUCCAGCAGUGGUCCUGUCCUGUACUCGAAAUCUGGAGCGCUGUUCACGCCUCAUGCACUUUGGUUUUGUUCAUGUUGUUGGAGUUACAAUGCCGAGCCUGUUUACACACAGAGGGUUAAAAAAAAUCCAGCACAUCACUGUUUUUGUCACAGUUUAGAGAUAUGGGAAGAUAUCUUUGAAUUACUGUGUAAGAGCUUCUAUUUUUCUAACACUGUACUAAAAUAUUUAGGUUUCAGUGUUAAACAUUUCUGUGGAAAUAACCCGAAUGAAUGUUGGAAAAUUUUGAUUUUCCAACUAACAGCUGAUGUAAUAACGUAUGUUACCGCACCUGACCGAACAGCAGCUUUGCUUACAUUAGCACUCAAUGAAACUGCACAGUAAUUACAAUUCUACAACACAUACUCAUUAUAAAUACACUUUCUUUCUUUGUUUUUCCUCUUUUUCCCCCAUUUUUUUUUUCUUUUCCCUAUCUUUCUUUCUUUGUUUUUCUAUACUUUUCACUUUCUUUUUAAAACAUAUUUUCUUUCAUUUUUCACCCUUUUUUUUUAAACAUUUUUCAUUCAUGUUUUCCUUUUGUCUUCCUUUUGCCUAUAUUCUUUUUCCUGUUGUUUCCUCCAUGACUUUCAGUGACUAUUCAGCAGGCUAUGUCCUUUAAGAAGCGCACAUGUAGUUGUGACAGGUCUACUAUCUCAUAAUAAUGACAAAUAUGUGAUAUGCUGGAUUUUUUUUUUUUUUUUGAGUGGAUUAAUGUGUAGCAGGUUUGAUGAUGAGGUACGACUUUUUGUUUAUCAUUAGCACUUUUCUCCGUGAGUGAGCAAUGCAGUUUGUGCAGUGUGCACUCUGUCUCCAGUCUCAGACAAACAGUUUAACACAGAAGUGUGUUUGGUAUCCUGACAUGAAACAUUUGGUUUUUUGUAUGCCCUUAUUGUAUUUUGACUUUCACUAAUUCAAUACAAAUUAAGUGUUUCAGUUUCCUUCUGAUGAAAUGCCUUUCAGUAGUCCUAGAAUUUGUAUAAGUAUAAAUUGAGCUAAACGAUUUAAAAGGCAUAGUGUUACUGAUUGGACGUUUAAGACGAGCCUUUGUUGCCAUAUCAGCCAUUUUGUAUUUACCUCCUUAAAGAGUGUUAGUGCACUGUACUUCACUGUUUUUUUAUACGUGAUUUAAAGUGUCAUAAAUCAUCUUGUGCAUGUUUGUGACUGUUCUUUAUGUUGUUCAAUUUUAUAUUUUUUAAUAUGAUGCCAUCUCACCAGCUCCAAGGGAAAUCAUUUGUGUUGACGUGUUAAGGACGUGUCACAUUCCUUUCAUAGACUGUUUAAGGAAUCUUGCUACUGGACUUAUUUCUGUUGUGUGUAAAUCUUAAGUGUUAAUGUAAAACUCACCACGCGCGUCAAGUCGCAGUAUACACUCCAACUGAAUAAAAGUAUCGUAAAUGAUAUUAUCUGGGUAGAACGAGCUUCUCUGAGUUUCAUAGAGGGCUGUGCUCCUGAGUGGGGGUGUGGCCACAGUGUUAUUGUGUUCUGGGACAUUACGGCGUCAAGCUCGUCCAGCUGUACAUAGUAGAAAGUAAAGAACUCCACUAUCAUUAUAUCGUAGUGUCUAAAGAAUGCCUGUAAAAUUACUUCUGAAUGUUUGUGAACGUAUAGGCACAUUCUUUUUGUAACUUUCUUUUACUGUAUUUUUUAUUUGACCAACUUUUGAGAUGGUUUUUUUCUUCAGAAUUGCUAAUUUAUUCAGAGAAACAACAUUCCACAGAUUUACUCGCUCUCAGACUUGCCUGGUUCGACUUCAAUAAAAUCUCUACUGAAUGUUCA